AUGUAUGCAUUUGGCUUAGAAGAAUGUGAACAAUAUGAUGAAGCGGAAAAAUAUGCUAAAAAGGGUCUUGAAUUAAAUAGACAUGAUGCUUGGUCAACACAUGCUUUAGCACAUUGUAUGGAAAUGAAUGGACAUGCACAAGAAGGCAUUCGUUUUAUGGAAUCAACUGAAAUGGAUUGGAAUGUAAGCGUAAUAAAAUUGAAAAAUAGCAAUUAA